GUUUUUUUAUUUUAAUUCUAUUUUUUUUUUUUUUUCGGGUCAUAUGAAAGAUCGUGUUCAUGUGAGCUGAAAAUUUGCCUUGAAAAAGAAAGUAUCAGAGUCGUAGUGACUCAAUGCUGGUUAUAUAAUAUUCGCUGCGUUCGCUGUUCUUGUUGGGUUCAUCAUCAUUCUUCUGUGUCGUCUUCUAUCUUAUAAUCCUGUUUCCCUCUCGCCACCUCCUCAUCCUCUUCAUCAUCACUAUCCUCAUCAUCAAUUCCAUCAUCACUCUCACAUAAUUUAAUUCUUCUUCCUCUAACUAAUAAACGAGUCUCCUCGUUUGCCGGUCAAACGUACUCUAUCCUAUCUAUCCAUACAUACUAUAAUCACCAUGCAGACCAAGCACUUCUUCUCCGACCCUAACCACCUCGUCGUCACUGCCCUCAACUCUCUCACCCGCACAAACCCCUCUCUCGCCUUCGACCCGGAAAACAAGAUUGUCUUCCGUCGUCCAGAUGCCACCAAGUCAAAGGUCGUCAUCAUCUCCGGCGGUGGUUCCGGUCAUGAGCCCGCCUUUGCCGGCUACGUCGGGACGGGUCUGCUAGAUGCCUCUGUGGCCGGUACCAUCUUCGCCUCGCCCUCGGCCGAGCAGAUCCGCAAGGCUGCCAUGGACUUUGUCGACACCUCCAAGGGUCUUCUCGUCAUUCCCAUGAACUACACUGGUGACGUGCUUAACUUUGGCAUGGCGGCCGAAAAGGCCCGUGCUGCCGGUAUCCAAACAGAGUUCUUUGCUGUCAAUGACGACGUCGGUGUUGGGAAGAAGAAGGGCGGCAAGGUUGGCCGUCGUGGUAUUGGUGGUGGUAUCCUCGUCUUGAAGAUGGUUGGUGCUUUGGCUGAAGCUGAUGGCUCUCUCGACCAAGUGUAUAAGCUGGCUCAGUUGGCCAACGACAACCUUGUCUCUGUCGGUGCUUCCCUCGAGCACGUUCACGUCCCUGGCCGUGGUGCGUCCGAGGACAGCAUCCCUCAGGAUGAGAUUGAGGUCGGUAUGGGUAUUCACAACGAGCCUGGCUCCCACCGUGUCAAGGCUACCUUGGACCAGUUGGUCAAGGGUAUGCUCUCGCAGUUGCUGGACUCCAAGGACACCGACCGUUCGUUUGUCAACCACGGCCCCGGCGAUGAGUGGGCUCUGUUGAUCAACAACCUUGGUGGUCUCAGCGCCUUGGAAUUGUCUGGUAUCACCGAGGAGGUUUGCAGCCAGCUUGACCGUGACUACGCUGUCAACCCCGCCCGUAUUAUCCAGGGUACCUUCCUCACCAGUCUGAACCAGUUGGGUUUCAGCAUCUCCUUGCUGAGACUCGCCGACACUGGCCUCGGUGACGGCAAGUCCAUGGUCGACCUGCUCGAUGCGCCCGCCGAGGCCGUCGGCUGGUCCGCCCCCAUCACCUCUUCGACCUGGGCUCGUCAGCACGACCCUCCUGUCGAGAUCAAGCGUACUGCUGCCGCUGCUGAGCGUCCCAGCAACUUGAAGUUGGAACCCGCCGUGCUGAAUAAGGUUCUGGGAUCUGGCCUUGAGCGGGUCAUCGCCGCGGAGCCGCAGGUCACCCGCUACGACACCAUCGUUGGCGACGGUGACUGUGGAAUCGGUCUCAAGCGUGGAGCUGAGGCUGUCCUGUCUCUCAUCCAGUCGGCCGAUCUGUCCACCGACCUCCUCGACACCGUCCACCGCAUCAUCAACGUGGUGGAGAACACCAUGGACGGCACCUCGGGCGCUAUCUACGCCAUCUUCCUGAACGCGCUGGCCCACGGUCUCCGCGAGCAGGACAAGUCCUCCACCCCCACCCCCGUUGACGUUGGCGUGUGGUCCGCCGCCCUCAAGUACUCGAUCAACGCCCUGGCCAAGUACACCCCCGCCCAGCCCGGCGACCGUACCAUGAUUGACGCUCUGGUUCCCUUCUGCAACACCCUGUCUGAGUCCAAGGACGUCAAGGCCGCCGCCAAGGCAUCCGAGGAGGGCACCGAGGCCACCAAGAGCAUGAAGGCCAGCUUGGGUCGCAGUGUGUACGUUGGUGGUGAGAGCGAGUGGGUUGGCAAGGUUCCUGACCCUGGUGCUUAUGGAUUGAUGGAGUUCUUCAACGGACUUGCCCAGGCUUCUUAAUUGUAUACAUAUUAAUUAACGAGAUACG